AUGUCGCUGUCAUUGUGUUGUUCCCUUGGCUUUGCAGUUUGGACUGUUGUUCAUCGCUAUGAUCCUGUGGUCAAAAUUGGUCAACUUGAAUUCCUUCUCUUGAUCUGCCUGGGUUCCAUGAUAUCAAGUUCUUCUAUCCUCCCACUCUCGAUCCAAGCUGGGACAAAAGACAAAACAACUGCUGCAUCUGCAGCCUGCAUAGCUAUUCCGUGGCUUUACAGUACAGGAUGGAUCACCCAGUAUGCCAGUUUGUUUGCCAAGUCCUACAGAAUGUUCCAGAUGGUGCAAAAUUCCACUGCAAUGCGGCGUACCACUGUGACAGCAUGGGAUGUGGCCUAUGUGGUUCUUGGGUGUUUGCUAGUCAACUGGGCUGUGUUGACUGCAUGGACUGUGGUUGAUCCACUUGCUUGGGUUCGCCAUGAUAUGGGGACUUCAGUUUAUGAAGAGGCUGGAAUCAUGACAACUGAGUCUGUUGGAGGAUGCUCGUCCGAGAAUGUGGGAGCCUGGAUUGGAUCCUUGUUGAGCUUUCACCUGACCAUUAUGAUUGCGACCAACUUUCUGCUGUGGCAACUUCGUGGCGUGAGAGACCGCUACCAAGAAUCCAAAUACAUCACCCUGGCUUCCUUGUUUGCGUGUGAGUUUCUGUUGCUAGGGGUUCCCAUUUUGAUUGCAGUUGGGGACUCCUCCAGGGCCCGCCAUAUUGCCCUUGUCUGCAUUAUUGGGUUGACGGAUCUUGGAGUUCUCUUGUUUGUUUUUGUCCCCAAGAUCAGAUAUCAACAGAAGGGGCUACCUGAUGGCAUGACAGUAGGAAGAAGCAUCUUAAAGUCAAGUCCAGUAAGUGGAGUAUCUGGUCAGCAAGGAAGCAGCCACAUGUAUGGAGAAUCAACCACAGCAGGGCCAGCCGGGAUAUCACAAGGGCAGAUGGAGCUAACGCCUGCACUGCCGGAAGAAGAUGGAUACUCUGAUGAAGAGACUUGA